CACAAAUACCAAAAUAGGUCCUGAGCUGCCUGCGACCGUCCUGCGUGAGCUAAAUUGAGCUUCAUGUGUUUGUCAGAGACCAGUGUUCGGAGAGAGGACACAGCCGAGUGUCCGUGUGGGAGCUGCAGCGGUUGUUCAUGGCUAUAAGAUGAGAGACACCAUGUCACAUAAAGAAAGCGACGUCUACACGCACGAUUUCUGCGAUGGGGACCAUCCAACACAGCUGCUGGAUGCUCUCAGGCAUUUCUACGUCAGUGGCUUGUUCACAGACAUUUCUCUGCAAUGUGGGGAGUCCGGACGCGUGUUCCACUGCCACAAGGCGCUGCUGUCGGCCCGCAGCUCCUAUUUCAAAGUCAUGUUCACAGCUGACAUGAGGGAGAGGUCCAACAGCAGCAUCACGCUGGCCGGGGUCGACUGCGAGGUCCUGGGUGCCCUGGUGAACUACGUGUACACGGCUCAGGUGCGCAUCACUGAGAGCAACGUGCAGAGCCUGCUGGAGGCCGCAGACCUCCUGCAGUUCAUCUCUGUCAAACAGGCAUGUGAGGAGUUUCUCGUUCGCCUCCUGGACGUGGACAACUGUCUGGGGAUGCACGCUUUUGCCCAGCUGCACCUUUGUCCCGGACUGGAGAGGGAGGCCCGCAGAAUGUCGCUGAGCAGGUUCUCGGAGGUCAUGCUGCAGGACGAGUUCCUUGAGCUGGACCGAGAGAGGAUGAGAUUGGUUUUGGCUGCCCAGAGCCUCACUGUGCAGAGGGACGAUGUGCUGAUAGAUGCUGUCACCAAAUGGGUAACCCACGAUUUGGAUAAUCGUGUUCCCCAUGCUGUAGACUUGUUGCGCUCCAUCCAGCUGGACCUGGAUGAGAUUCAUUUCAAUGCUUCUCUAGAGGUGCACAUGCAAUGCUUGCUGGGCAGAGAGGGGAAAUUUAAAUCUAUAAUAAUUCAGGCUAUAAGGUCCAAUGGCAAGGAGGUGUGUGCAAGUAGAAAAAUGUCAUCCAGCAUGUAUAUCAUCGGUGGAUACUACUGGCACCCUCUGUGUGAGGUUCACGUCUGGGAUCCUGUCAGCAACACAUGGGCGCAAGGAAAAGCCAUGCCUGACCACGCAAGAGAGAGCUACAGCGUCAGCUCACUUGGAGCAAAUAUAUAUGUGAGUGGAGGUUACAGAACAAACACAGUUGAGGCCCUGGACACUGUUUCGAUUUAUAACUGCGACUACGGCGAAUGGACCGAGGGCUGCUCCAUGAUCACAGCGAGGUACUACCAUUGCUCUGUGGCUUUGCAUGGCUGUGUUUACGCCAUCGGCGGCUACAGGGGAGGAGCUCCAGAGCGAGAGACUGAAUUUUAUGAUCCAUUGAAAAAGAAAUGGUUUCCCGUGGCCAAAAUGAUCCAAGGUGUAGGAAAUGCCACUGCCUGUGUAAUGCGAGAUAAAAUCUACGUGACCGGAGGCCACUAUGGAUACAAAGGAACCUGCACCUAUGAAAAAAUUCAGGUCUACAGGGCGGACGUCAAUGAGUGGAGCAUCAUUACAAUAAGUCCCCAUCCAGAGUACGGGCUGUGCUCUGUGUCUCUCAACAACAAGCUGUAUUUGGUGGGUGGACAGACGACAAUUGCAGACUGCUACGACACAGAGAGGGACGAGUGGAGACCUAUAUCAGUGAUGAAGGAGAGGAGGAUGGAGUGUGGGGCCGUGGUAAUAAAUGGAUGUAUCUAUGUAACAGGGGGAUACUCCUACUCAAAGGGGACUUAUCUGCAGAGCAUUGAGAGGUACAACCCUGAGCUGGACUCUUGGGAGAUAGUGGGGAAUCUUCCAAGCCCUGCCAGAUCACAUGGAUGUGUUUGUGUGCACAGUGUUUAGUCUCAAACCCCUUAUCACACGUGUCUGUUUAUUUAUUGUCAUUUCGUGCCAAAUCGAUGAAAAUGUGAACAGUAUCCUGUUAAAGUGCAAAUGUCAGGUAAUCUGUCACACAAGAAGAUGCGAAGGUAGCCCAUGUCUUUGCAAUGGAUACCUGCCUUUAGAGAAAUACACAUUUGCCAUAUUGUGCAUAUACUGAAGAACCAGUUUGUAACGCUACCUCAGGGACAAUUAAAAUGUUAGUUGAUAUUUGAGGUAAAUUCUGUUUUUUAAUAGAUUGAAAGGAAAUAGUGAAAGGAGAAUCGACAUGAUCAUAUUUGAGUAUGAUCCACAUUAGAAACACACAGAAUCCAGCUCAGACCAAUGAUGCACUAAGACACUUCAUAUAAUCACUUUUUUGAGUGAAGCUGCAUCACCAGGUUGCUACUGAUUAAAUAUAUUACUACAACAGUGAUGGGAUUUCUGCCUAAAUGUAUUGAUUAAUUCCAUAAAAAGUAUUACAGUAGACAUUUGACAUUGACCAGCUACAGGAAAGUAUUAUGUUAGGCCCCAGCUUCUCGAUGUUUUACAUUUUGUUGUCAGUAUAUUAGCUACGACCAAAUCAAACUAAAGCAGUCUAAUACAACAAUGUUGCAAUGAAUCCUCCCCUCAUGAAGAAUAUAAUGUCAAGUAUUUCCUGAAAACUAUCAUAGAGAGAUGCUAAUCAAGAUGUAAGAAUAUUUUCCAGAAUGUGGUCUGUGGUGAUGUAAGAUUGUUCUACUGCAUUAUACUAAGUGUUAUACUAUUUUGGGUAUUUUGUCCACUCCAUUCAUAUAACAUAAACAGCUCUGUAUAAUGGAAUACAGUUCAACAGCACCACCAACUACAUCCUCCAAUUUUCAUAAAGAUGCAGCACACUCCUCUAAACAAUUUCAAGAAAAGUGAAACAUUAAAGAUUUCACUGCAGGGAUUUAUUGCAGAAUUAUUGUUUAGGUGCACACAAAUAAACAGUAACUGGGUGAUUAUAAGGUAUUGGCUGUCAGCUGUUAUGAAGCAGUAUUUAAAAAAUGUAAUUGAUGUUGGUUAUAAUGUAUAGGCAAAGCAAGUGUAUUUGUAUAGCAUUGUUCAAAGACAAGGUAAAGGGUUUCAUUUUAUCCAUAAAAAUAUUAAAAUGAGAUUGUAAAUGCAAAGAAUACAAAGACACAGGUGAAUGGCUUAAAAAAUAAUGAAAUGAAAUAAGCACCAAAUAAAAUAAAACCAAAUAAACAUCAUAAUGAAUAUGUCACAAAACAA